AGCUUGGAUAUUUCACGCACACCUGUGAAGACGACCUCGUGUGCAGGUGCACCAAUGAGAAGAUUCCGUACUUCAACGCGCCGGUAUAUCUCGAGAAUAAGCAACAGAUAGGAAAAGUAGACGAGAUAUUUGGACCAAUCAAAGACCAUUAUUUUUCAGUAAAGUUAGGAGAUGAUAUGAAAGCAAAGUCAUUCGCAGAAAAGACUAAGUUCUUCAUAGAUCCGAUGAAGUUGUUACCCCUCCAACGCUUUCUUCCCCAGGCAGGAGGAGCCCGUGGGCGAGGUGGGCGGGGCGGCAGAGGGGGAGGCCGAGGAGGUGGUCGUGGAGGAUUCCGAGGGAGAGGUGGAGGAGACUUCAGAGGGGGGCGUGGUGGUGGCAGAGGUGGAGGCUUCAGGGGUGGAGGAGGUGGCAGGGGAGGAGGGGGUUUCCGGGGGGCUAGAGGAGGGGGUGGGUUUAGGUCACGACCCUACUAGAGGGGCUGUGUUACACAAACUUUGCAAAUGAUGUCGGUGUAUGUGUUUUCUCUGUACAUUUUGUUCUGUCUGUUCAGCAACCAUGGUUGAAAUAAAUUUUUAUAACAUCUUGAACAUAGUAUUCUGCAAUAUGUUAUAUAUAUAUAUAUCAGAAGUAGAUAAUAGGGAAAGGUGUGACUUCAAUAAACAAGGUAAAUUCAUCAUUUAUUAGCCUUAAAAAUACCUACGAUUUACUACGCGUAACUCCACCAACUUGAGCUCAACUUGUACACAGUACAUUCUCGCUAGCAU